GAUUAGUUUUUCUAUGAUGCGCUUAGUGUGACUAUCGAGAGGAGUAGAAGAAAAUCAAUGAGCUCCGAAUGUGUCCCAAUCAUCGCCGACGAAUCUAGAAUACACAAAAAUGGCGUCGCGGCGUCCACAAUGACGACGACGGGUGCUAUCACAGUUCGUCGGGGUCUCGUAAAGAUGGGUUUUGCUUUGCCUUUAAGGAUCAACGCCACUCGGUAGCAUCGUUGCGAUAGUGGAUGCCAUUGAGACGAACCGAGAGUACAUAUGUGUCUUUUUGUGUGUAUAGACACCAACUAAGACUUUGUGCACUCCUCAGGAGGUUUUUUGAAGGAGUGUGGUUAAGUGCAUAAUGGUGGCCGCCUUGUGACACAUCCAGGAGGGACCUGAAAUUAUUGGACAUUUUAAUUUGUCCCAAAAUUCAAAGUGAAUACAAAACACCUAUGAAAAUCGAUAAUUUGGUGUACUGCAUUCGGCUUCGCCAUUAUCGCCCCCUUGAAGAGUGCUGUUGUACAUUGGACACCCGAAAAAAACAAAAAUCGGGGAGGGCGAUGUGCCAAGGGAUCUUUGAACUUUCGGAUGUUCGUUUGACCUCAUACUGAGCGCACGACGAAGACGACGGUGGCAAAUACACGGGGGAAUAGUGGAACAAGGAAAACGGUGUGCGGUGGGGUGGCGAAGGACAGCGACCACGAUUGGUGUGCGCUAUGCGCUACAGAGUCGUAUUCCGUCCAAGUGUUUUUCCUUUUCGUCUUCUUCCUUCGUUUCCGAUUAGAGCGCAUAGGACCUACAUUUAGGGGAAGCAUUGCUCGUAGAGCCGUGUGUUGUGACUUAUUAGUUAGUGAAGAGUCGUCUCGGCGAAGAUCACACAUUGUGUUCCCUGUAAGCAACAACAUCAGCAGCAGUAGCAAGACGACAUCGUCGAGUCACGGCGAAGACUACCAAGGCGACAACGACGACCACGACGACGACUAACCGAAGGUGUCCUUCAAGAGUCUCAAGUGGCUCAAGGCAGCCAGCUUGCUUUUGGAAAGCAGCAGCACCUGAGCCGCCUGCUCAGUUUAGUGUCUAAGAAAGCAACCACGGCGCUACGAUGAGUUCCGGUCAGUCUCAGCAGUUCUGUGUCCGGUGGAACAGCCACCUCGGUAGCAUCGGAGCAGCAUUUCCACAGCUGUUGGCGGGCCAACGGUUCGUGGAUGUCACACUUGCCUGCGAGGGCCACCAGGUGCACUGUCACCGGUUGGUUCUGGCGGCGUGUUCAACUUUUUUCGAAAAUCUGCUCGGCGAGAAUCCCUGCAAGCAUCCGAUCAUCAUUCUGCCACGCGAAAUCAAACUAUGGGCCAUCCAAGCGCUGGUCGAUUUCAUGUACAAGGGAGAAGUGAACGUAUCUCAAGCCGGUCUACCUGAUCUGAUGAAGUGUGCAGAAAUUUUGAAAAUCCGCGGACUCUGCGGGUCGGAUGCAGCGCUGGAUCUCAAUCAGAUAGCCAGUCCCGGUGCUGGCAGCACCACAAGCGGUAGCAGUAGCGCAGGGACAACGACAAAUGCACAGCUGCAUCAGCAUACGGAGUCGUCGUCGAACCAAAGUGGCCAAAGAGGAAGUAGUCCUCAGAGAACGGAUAGCAAAGGACAGAAGAAUAGUGCGCUCAGCGGUACCAAAGGAGGAAACAAUUUUCUCAACAGUUUGAAUCUACAUCCAGUGGCUUCAUCGACGCCGUCGAAGGUCUCUUCUAGUCAACAGCAACAGUCUUCGAACCUUCGAACGUGCAGCGAUGAGGGCGACACUAGUGAUAACGGAGGCUGCGGAAACGAUAUGGUCAUCAAGACGGAAGAUCUGGUUAUAGAUGAGGAUAUCGCAAAAUCCGAAGACGAGGAUGAUGAAAUGGAGCAGGACGCAAAUGAAAAACAGCAAGCUGAGGACGACGAAGUCAUUGCGGAUGAUGAGAUUGAUGAGUACAUGGAAGACAUAGUUGAUCAGGACCUGCCAUCCUUUUCGAAGCGAGAUAACGACGACGAUCGUCAUAGUAGAACUAGCAAUAGUCAUGCCAACGCGUUUACAAUUACCAUCACUGACGAUACUAGCUCCAACAGUACUUCUGCUCAACAGACCAUUGAAGAUUCUGCUAAAAGACGGUCCCCUAAAAAGAAACAGCCCUCCUCUUCCUCGCCUCCGCCGUCGUCAUCGUCGUCUCUGCUGUCGAUUCUGACACGUGGCUCUAUUCGGGUUAAAUCUAACGAAAACCUUUUCGGCAACUACAAGCAACAACAGACUCCAGAACAUAAGACUAACAAAAAAACCGCGUCACGACAACUCGUAUUUCCGUCCUACGGUAUCGACGGUAGUGGUGAUGGUGACGAUGGUGGUGGUGGUAGUGGUGAUGGUAGUAGAUUAAGUGUAGACGAUGGGACUGACCCCGGAACAACCGGUAUACCUUCUUCUCUAGUGUACAACCGAAACGCGAUGGAUAUCUACGUCAAGCCAAAGAAAAGCCGACAAGGCACCAGUACGUCCAGCAACGCUGAGGAACACGGCAGCGAGCUAUCUACGGAUGGGUUCGAAAACAUCAUCUGCUCCCCGAACUUACCCCAGCUCAGCGGAACUGUGAUGCAUAGUUACCACGAUGAUGACUAUGAUGACGAUUUCGAUAUACAAAUUCUUCCAGACGACAGUUCCCUCACCAAUGGUGGUGACAGUGAUUGCGACGAAGCGAUCUAUCCCCCACCGCUGUUACCGUUCACAAAUUCGGAAACCAGCAUUACCCGGGUGCCGUUUAGCAAGAGCGACCGGAACAAUGGCGGAACGGAGCUUCUUACGCCAAUGCGGAAACAGCGAAUGGGACGGGGUGGCAAAAUGGUACAGCGACUAUCCAGGAGCGGUAGCUCUUCGACCAUAAGUCACAGCGGCGAAGUGAAAAUUUCGUCACUGUUGAAUGGUGUAGCGAUUCCACCAUCUGCCUUCGUUCUGCGCAAUCCUCGGGGCAAUCAACCGCGAUCCUACAACACGGAUGCUCUUUGGGCUGCACUGAUGGACGUUAAGGCCGGAGAGAGCAUAUACAGGGCAUCGCAAAUCCACAAAGUUCCUCGCAAAACGCUUCGCAAUUGGAUGAAACGGUGGGACAUUAAAUCCGCCUAUCCGAUGCCCCGGCAGCUCAAGGAGGCCGCCGAGAAGAAACGCAUCAUCAAGGAACUGACCGAGCAAACCGGACCGGAAGUGCUACUGUCCCAUCAUCUACAACAGGCGUCACAGACCCAAUCGAUGUCGACGCCGGGAGGACAGCAACAGUCGCGCCAUCUGCUCGGCAAUGCCAGCUGUGCCAACUGAUAAGAACCAACCACGUGUUAAUAGCUGCAGCGUGGCAGAAAUGUGUGUUUGUGUGUGCGCGUUUUUAAAUCGUAUGUGAAUGGGUGGGUGGUAUUAUCCGGUGGGAGUAAAAUAAGGAAAGAGUCAGGUAGUGGGUUGGAAAGCAACACACUCGGUCUAGUGUGUAAGGACACGGCAGGUCACACAAAGUCACAGAAAAAUCACUAGAAACCAAUAUAUACGUUUUUUUGAGAAACAAACUUGUAUGCAAUUGAAACCAACAGAAAUGAAUAUAGUCAGUUUGAAACAGAUGGCAAAGAGAAAGAGAGACAAAUUUAUUAAUAUAUAUACAAAACAAAGCUAGAUACCUAUAAUAGAUUUUUCGGUUUUAGUCUUUAAGCUCCACUACUAACAUGUUAAGCAUAUGGAACUUCCACCUUUGAAACAGUAGUGAGGAAUACAAAGUGCGGAAUAUCAUUUUAACAGUAAAGGUUCAAAUGCGAAUUCUAGUUUAGUAGAAUCAUUUAACGGUAGAUUUCCUUGAACGAUUUGUUUGUUUUUAAUUUUUUUUAUAUUUAGUUUUAUUCCUAAUCAAAUUGUCUGCGUUGCAAUCUCCUAUAAGUAAUUUGAAUUUUAUGGUAUUCGUAAGUACACAUUCACCGUCACAUCAAAACGCAUUAGUUAGUCAGUACACUAUCAGAAGUACCCACAACGCAGGUUUCCAUCGACUGACAAAAGACAAAAUUUAGGGAUAUUUACAAUGAUAAUAUGGCUAUUUGAACACGCUUUGUGACUAUUAAACAGUUGUGAAGAUCGCGGUCGGUAUUUUCUAGCAAGAAUAUGUGGAUCAAUAAGCAUAAUAAGCACCAAUGCUGUGUUUUCGGCUUAUUUCUAAACGUUUAAUACCUUACAUUCAACUCAAAGUCAAUUGAAAAAAUAAAGAUUGAUUGUAAUCUUUGGUUAAAGAAAAAAAUAUUUUAAGUCUUAACGAAAAUUUCAUGAUACGUAGUACUUAAUGUCCUUGCCAGAUAUCGAACCGCGCACAUAAAAACUGGCAAAGUCAAAUAUGAGAUCCUGUUAUGCGAGAAAAUGUUUAAUUUUGGAAAUCACAAAUUACUAUCUCAUUUGUAACGACUAGUAAGCAGAAGCAUAUGUACAUGCAACAGAUUAGUUGUUGGUUGAAGAGAUUUUCCACAAGUUUUGCGAAAUUUAUUAUUUUGGAUACAUUGUUGAACUAUUUAAAAAUGAGGAACUGUUCUGAUUCCUAUCCGUCGUUUAUUUUAAACUACUUACAAUUACAAAUAUCCCUAAAUUAUGUCAUAUUUUUUGCGAUACAAAACAUAUUACCUUUUCAAAUCCAAGCCAGAAGUCAAGUCAUACGGAAUAUUCGAAAGUACACAAGAUAUCUACUUCCACGAGAAGAUUGAAAUGCCAAAACCUUAAAAACUAAAAGAAAAUACAAAAGAUCGGAACCCAAAUAUAAUGAGGUCAUCGGAAGUCAAAUGUACACUUCUAGUCAAACAUUUAAAAUCAAACCAUACAUAAAUCAACCAUUAGCUUUUUAUUCCCAAGGGCUUUAUAUACUAUUUUAAUCGUAAAAAAAAACAAAGAAAAAAUGAAUACAAACUCUAGUUUCGUAGUCGGUCACACCCUACAUUCGUAGUACACGACUUUUAGUCACGCUCGGUUGCAAUCGUACCAUUUUAUUUAGAAUCUUAAGGUCCAAUGUGUAUAGCGAUUAGAAUGUCUAUUUUAGCGCAUUAAUUUAGUUCUAUACAUUCUACUAUCUAUAAAAAAAAUUUUCGGCACCUCCUUAAAACCGCAUAUACCUUAUUGUAGAGGUACUUACCCAUGUUGGAGUUUUCCUACAGCAGAAGCAUGUAGUAGACAAAGAGAAAGCAUCUAUAUACAUAUAUUUUACCUUAAAUUAUAAUUUUGGAACUAUUCUAGUGUUUCAUCACCAAAAAAUUAUACAUGUGAAAGUCAAUAAAACUACAACUACUAA